AUGGCCGUAACUUUGAUAGAUGUGCUUGUUCCUUACGAAUCCCGCAAGGGUAUAUUGCAGCAUCUCUGUGCGUGGGACGUCGCCAAGCUAGACUACUGUCUCGGUCGCGUUUUGGAUAACCAGGAACGGGAUGCCUACCUGAACCCGAUGCGAGAUAUCUUCUCUCAUAUCGCUGAGCUCGAAAGCCUACUGAAAGGGGGCAUGAAAUUGGUGCUGUUAGGAAAUGACGUAUCUAAAUUUCACGGGAGGCUGAAGGACCCUGGGCGAUACACUAGGCGCGCAACUCGAAGCAGACGCCUCCAUAUCUAUCUUCUAGGCAUGUUUCCGGUCGAGCUAGAAAACCAAGAUCUACUAGACAGGAUGAUCGAGUUCUCCGUAAGCGAGGAUCCCCAUCCAGCUCGCGUUAAUUAUGAUAAGAGAGCGUUCAAAGCGAUCCAGAGCCAGCGUUCACACGGAACGUUCCUGAUAAGUUUUGGAGUACCGAUAUACCAAGGACGAAUCGAAGAUCAAGGAUUUUGGUAUCCUUGCCAAGGAACGCCUGAUAGGUCAAUCAACCUCAAAGUAUACGUCCCGUGCUUCCGAGAUGGAAUACUAGGAGAAGCCAACUUAAGACCAUCAGAGUUGUCUAGAGUUUCUGGGCAUCACCCAAGUUUCUGCAAACUAAGAACUCUAUGGGUUUUCCUAUGCGUUUAUAUUCAGCGUUACUCACUCGAAAGUGCUAUUUGUCUCUCAGUUGGCAAAGAAGGGGGGGGGGGGGGGGUGAGCUGA